AGGAGAACUAAUAGCCACUUAAUACCCCCCUGAGUCUAGCCCAUCGCAUUCCCAGGAUCUGUUGUGAAAGAUGCUGAUAAAAACAGUCCUUAGAGGGACAGGGUUAAUCAGGCUUCUUCCUUUUAGAUGUGGUCCCUAGCUGAAGUAAUUCUCCCUUCUUGAGAAGGAAGCCAGACCAACACCCACACCAAGUUCUAUAAAGCACACACAGACCAGCUGACCAAAGUUCCUUAUUCUCUUGCUGUUAGCUGAGACUCCUCAUAAAACAAAUUUGCUACUUCACUUUUCUUUUAAAUAAGCAAGCUGAAUUACUUGGAAGAGGAAGGCAGGAGGAAUAGAGGAGACAGAAACCAAGCAGCCGAAGCCCAGAAACAUUCUCGGGACCCUCAGAGAGCCUUUAACGUGCAUUACGAAUCUCCAAGAGAGGAACACUAGAGCUUGCGGUAUUUCUCAAGCUGAUUUAAACAUGGAAGCCUUGUCUUUUACAGAGUAUCUUAUGGGAUUCAUAUUUCAUGGAAGAUACUUUGGGAAGUGCUGAAUUAAAGAAAAAAAGCUUUUCUUUCUUUGACAUUAUUUCCAUGUCAACCAUGUUUUCUGAGUUACACCUUCACAUAAGUGCCUGAAGGAGGAUUGAAAAACAUCCUUGCUGCAUCAGAAAUAUAUUUACAAACCAUCUCUUUGGAGAAGAAACUUAUGUCCUUGCCUCCAUUCACCUCCAUGCCAGAAAUGGAACCCAACGGCACCUUUGGCAGUAGCAACAGCAAUGGGAGCUGUACAAUUGAAAACUUCAAAAAGGAUUUUUACCCCAUUGUGUACCUGGUAAUAUUUGUCUGGGGAACCUUGGGAAAUGGCUUUUCCAUAUAUGUUUUCCUGCAAUCUUAUAAGAAGUUCACUUCUGUGAAUGUUUUCAUGCUAAACCUGGCCAUUUCAGAUUUCUUGUUCACAAGUACACUACCCUUCAGAGCUGACUAUUACAUCAGAAACUUCAAUUGGAUAUUUGGGGACCUGGCCUGCAGGAUUAUGUCUUAUUCUAUGUAUGUCAACAUGUACAGCAGCAUUUAUUUCCUGACUGUUCUGAGCAUCAUGCGUUUCCUGGCAACUGUUCACCCCUUCCGGCUUCUCCAUGUCACCAGCAUCAAGAGUGCCUGGAUUCUGUGUGGGAUCAUAUGGAUCCUUAUCAUGGCUUCCUCAGUAAUGCUUCUGAACAAUGGCUCUGAGCAGAAGGGCAGUGUCGUAUUAUGCUUAGAGCUGAAUAUCAAUAAAAUUGUUAAACUGAAGACCAUGAACUACAUUGCCUUGGUGAUCGGCUUCCUGCUGCCAUUCUGCAUGCUCAGCAUUUGUUACCUGCUGAUCAUUCGAGCCCUGUUAAAAGUAGAGGUCCCAGAAUCAGGGCUGCGGGUUUCUCACAAGAAGGCACUUAUCACCAUCAUCAUUGCCUUGAUCAUCUUCCUCUUGUGUUUCCUGCCCUAUCACAUACUGAGAACUCUCCACCUGAUGGAGUGGAAAGUGAAUACAUGCAAAGAGGACCUGCAUAAAGCUGUAGUCAUCACACUGACCUUGGCAGCAGCCAAUACCUGCCUCAAUCCUUUGCUCUAUUACUUUGCUGGGGAAAAUUUUAAGGACAGACUGAGGUUGAUACUCAGAAAAGGGCAGGCACAGAAGACAAAGUACAGCCUUCCUGUCUGCAUGUGGUUGAAAAGGGAAACACAAAUUUAAGGGGUUGCCAGGUGGGGCCUGUUCUUGCAUCCUUGGGCCUACCUUCAUUCAUCACAUAGUCUCCAAAUGACCAUGGAUUUAACUGUUUCCAACAAAGGUCCACUCCUAACAUUUAAGUGACCAUGACUUUUGUUGAUAAGUCCUACUUCAAACAUUGCAUUAGAUGUGUUUUCAGUGAUUGACUCGAAAUGAGAAAUAUAGCAGACAAAAUCUCUACUUGUCUUGCAACCUCACAUGUCAGACUGGGAAAAGAUGCUCAGCACGUUGUGUGCUUCUUUUCAUCAGUUUCUGUACCAGAUCUUGGUCCCACCAGGUAUUCUAAAUUAACUUUAAGAUAACCUCAACUUCCCCAGCUUCUCCAGCUCCUCUUCUAACUGGCUAAGAUGCAUAGCCAGUUAACAAAGCUAAUGGAGGUUCCAGAGCAGACCAGAAAAAGCAUCCUAAGAAUUCACUGAAAAGACUUUGUGAGGAAGGCUGCCCUUGGUCAAAGCAGAGUCAAGGUCCCAAACAAGAACAGUGAGAGAAAGGGGGAGAGAAGGACUGGGGCAAGACAGAGCUGGUAAAAAGUAAGGAGAAAGAGAAAUUUCAUGUUGCACUGGGAGAGAGGCUCUAGCACACUGCAGGCAAGAAGAUUCCCUUCGCCUCUCUCUUGCUGGGGGCUAGAAGGAAUAGAAGAGUGGGAGGAAGAACCAGGGCCUUGUCUAGGGAGUGGAGGGAUUACGUGUCAAAUGGUAGAAAGGAGAGGGUCAAUUUUACUCUUGUGAUUUGGGUUGGGACUGACUUCACUGAAGGUCCCAAUCGUGCAUGCUAAUCUAUUGGGAUGGGAGCCAGAACAGAGGAGGUUGCUCUAAGCAUUUGGUUGGGCAAUGAGAGAGAGGGUGGGGUAGAGGACAAGUUGCAAAGGUGGUUGUACCCCUGCAAUUCUACUAAUAUUUUGGUGGCACAUGAAUAGGGUGGCUUUCCUUUUGAGGGAGUAUAGAAAAGAACUGGAUAGUGGGAAGGGGUCCUUUCCAUCCACUGAAACAGAGCUAGGGAGACUACCAACUACUACCUCCCUGGCCACUGUACCACCACAAUUGCAUGGCCUCUCCAUGCUGGGCAGACUGAGCCAGACACUUCAUAUUCAGUAACUCCAUUUAACCCUUACACCGAAGCCUUGUGUUUCUACUUUACAGAUGAAGAAACCGAAGCUUGGAGAAAUUGAGAAACUUGUUCAAGUUCACACAGGUGGUAGGAGUUUAAAAGAUAUCUGUGGAGAAGGGUUAGCUGGGUGCUGACUCCACUGCUCCCCCUACGAACCUUCUGGGAGAUUGGCUGAAACUCUGAAUAGAAGUUCCCUUUCCCCAUCAGGCACCUUCCCCUCCUCAUUUUCUCUCUGGAGUCAUUGACCUCAGGCAGAGUGGGGUGUGGGAGGGAGGUGGUGUUCUCAAGCUAGGGAGAAAGGGAACAUCUUUAUAGUAAACAAGAGCCCCAGGACCCUUCCCUUACUCAGCUGUCAGAAUGCUGUCAGACUCAUAUCUUGUCAAAACAGGAGCCUGCAGGAUCCUCCUGUGGGGAAACAACACAAUCCAAGGGAAAGACUAACAGAUACAGACUGUUGAGGAUUUCCCAACACAAAAGCUGGCACCUGCCCUAUUAUCUCCCUGGCAGGGAAGUCCAUACCGCAACCAAUCCCUUCUAUUCAGAGAGCAUCUAGUCAGCCUGUUAGAGCCUCACUCUUAAUUAUGCACAAUGACCACUCCACUUUGGGGGCAGUGGAGAGUGGGGUGGGGUGGACAAAGGCCACAACAUGAAAAUACCUACAAAUAAAUGACAGGGUUGAUAGAGACGUUUUCAGGAAGAAAGGUGUCAACGCUUUUAUUACCCUUGCACUUUUUAUUGGAAACCAACUGGAGGAUGUGCUCCUCCAAAAUAAAUGAUUAAGCCAAGAUAGAGAAAAACACGACAUCUAGGAAACAAGGAAUCCAACACAGGAGAAAAGUGAACAACAUAGGAUGUUGGUGGUAGCAGAAAAACAAGAAACUAAUUGAUUUGCCACAUUGGAGGGAUUUAUAUGUUUUUUUGAAGCACUUGGGAUUAACUAGUGAAAAUACAUAGAAAAAUAAACAAAGGAAAAGACACAGUGUUCAUUGAAUGCUCAUAAAAAGAAACUAUUGUUUAAGAACAAAAAUGUAAUCAUAGUACACUACAUGGCUCACCUGUGAAUUAUGUGGAAUAACGUAAAAACAAAAUACUGUGAUAUAAUUUCUAUUAGGAAAUGAGAGGAUAUGUAUGUGGGGGAGGGGUGUAAGUCAUCUAGGUCUCCAUCUUCCAUCACAGAAAAUGCAUAACAACUAAAGCUAGAGAAUGAUAAAAGCUAUAUCAAAAUGAUAAAAGCUAUAUCCUGUUUAGCAACAGGAGCUACCAUCCAGAAGACACGGUGAAAAGGAUGGACAGGGAUGGCCUCUGGAAAGUUUGGGGUGGGACAAUAAGGUGGAAAUUUCUCUUCUCCUUUUAAGGACUUUUUAGCCAUCUAACUUGUAAAUAUGUAUUGCUGAAAUAAAAAUUAAGU